AAUAAUUUUUCCAAAAAAUUAAAACCUUUUGAACAGAUCCAAAUCCAAAAUCCUCUUGGUUCCUUAUUGUAUUUGUAAGGCGUAAGCGAGCGAGCAAGCAAAGUCUCUCUGUGCAGCUGAGAACGAUGCAGGCGAUUUCCAGACGAUUAGGGCACCAAUCUCUCUAUCCUGCUACUUCAACUGCGUCUCUCAAAUCAAUUUACCCGCUCUAUUAUGUAGCUGAUCAUCCGCGAUAUGGAUCUACUCUCGCUCCCAAAGGUGUGGGCCACCUCGUUCGCAAGGGUACUGGUGGAAGAUCAUCGGUUAGUGGCAUCAUUGCUACAGUUUUUGGAGCUACAGGGUUUCUUGGCCGUUACCUUGUGCAGCAACUUGCUAAAAUGGGAUCUCAAGUGUUAGUUCCUUUCCGAGGUUCUGAGGAUUGUCACCGCCAUCUCAAAUUGAUGGGUGAUUUGGGUCAGAUAGUACCAAUGAAGUACGACCCGAGAGAUGAAAAUUCGAUUAAGGCUGUUAUGGCAAAGGCCAAUGUUGUUAUUAAUCUUAUUGGAAGGGAAUAUGAGACAAGAAACUACAGCUUUGAGGAAGCGAAUCAUGGUAUGGCUGACCAACUUGCAACGAUUGCCAAAGAACAUGGAGGUAUCAUGAGAUAUAUUCAAGUUUCAUGCUUAGGGGCAUCGCCUUCAUCUGCAUCAAGAAUGCUAAGAGCUAAGGCUGCUGCAGAAGAAGCUGUGUUAAAAGAACUGCCUGAGGCCACAGUCGUGAGACCUGCUGUUAUGAUUGGUACAGAGGAUAGGAUUUUGAACCGGUGGGCACAUUUUGUAAAGAAGUAUUCGUUUCUGCCACUAAUUGGAGAUGGAUCUACUAAAAUCCAACCUGUAUAUGUUGUUGAUGUAGCUGCCGCAAUUGUUGCGGCCUUGAAAGAUGACGGAAGCAGCAUGGGAAAAGUUUACGAGCUUGGUGGACCUGAAAUCUUUACUAUGCAUGAAUUGGCAGAGCUUAUGUUUGACACGAUUCGUGAAUGGCCUCGCUAUGUCAAAGUUCCCUUUCCCAUUGCAAAGCUGCUCGCAACGCCACGUGAAGUAUUACUUAACAAGGUCCCAUUUCCAUUACCAACGCCCAACAUAUUCAAUUUGGAUGAGAUCAAUGCCCUUACUGUGGAUACAUUGGUGUCUGAAACUGCUUUAACAUUUCAUGAUCUUGGGAUUUUGCCACAUAAGUUGAAGGGAUACCCUGUUGAGUUUCUCAUCUCAUAUCGCAAGGGUGGGCCACAAUUUGGUUCUACAGUCAGUGAAAGGAUAUCCCCAGAUUCUUUUCCAUAAAUUAUUCGGGUCUUCCAUUUUCAAAUGUUUCUGGUCCAUUGCCUGUUUGGAAAAUUUGGAACGCAUAGGUGAUGGCCUUCAUUUUCUUGAGAGAAUGGAAAGACCUAGAACGCAAUCUUUGUUUCUCUUGGCUCAAUAACCUUGCUUGAUGAAUUGGGACCUAGAUUACUGUUUAUGACAACCCCAUCUUGACCGGUUGUAGAGUUUUUGGUUUUACUAAUAAAUUCCAAGCCUUGACAUCAUAGAA